GUCACGGCAAAGAUGUUUUUGUGAAAAGCCUUGCCAAAAUAAUGUUGAUCGAAAAGGAAUUUCAUGACUUCGUGUUUCAAGGAAUAGCGGACUGAACGGGGAUCUGAUAAACAAAGCUCCGUUGGGGCCGGACCCACUGACAAGAUGGCUGUGUACUCUGCCAGUAAGAGUAGCGUAGACCUGGCUAUCGACCCUCUCAUCACAUGUCGCCUCUGUCUGAUGGAGUGCCCUCUACUGGAGAUGUACGAACUACAUGACUGUAAAUGUCUGUACUGUGAAACGUGUGUAAAACAGUACCUGAAUGUAUCUAUCACAGAGGGCAACAUACUUGCUAUCACAUGUCCCGAUGCUCAGUGCCGGAAACAGGGCAAAAUGGAGGCUAAAGAGAUAGAGAAACUGGUAGAGCCGUCAUUAUUUGACAGAUACAGACGGCUACGAUUUCAGAGAGAGGUAGAUUUAGAUCCUAAUCGGACAUUCUGUCCGGAGGCUGGUUGUGAUACAGUGUGUCAUGUCUGCUCUUCUGCCAGCGGAGAGACCCAGAGGCCAGCACCUGUCCAGUGCCCUACGUGUGGACUACAGUUCUGCUCUGUUUGUAAAACAAAGUGGCAUGGCACACAGACGUGUGAUGAACAUAUCAAGGGCUCAGAAAAUGAUGUGGGAAUACCUUUCAGCAGUGCUGAAGAUGCCAAAAUUAAACGCUGUCCAGUGUGCCAUGUGCCCAUAGAACGAAAUGAUGGUUGUGCUCAAAUGAUGUGUAAACGCUGUAAACAUGUCUUUUGCUGGUACUGCCUGGCCUCACUUGAUGAUGACUUUCUGUUGCGACAUUACGACAAAGGGCCUUGUAAGAACAAACUGGGUCACUCUCGAGCCUCGGUGAUCUGGCACAGAACACAGGUUGUGGGUAUUUUCGCUGGCUUUGGUGUCUUGUUGUUGGUGGCCUCCCCUUUCCUGCUAUUGGCUGCACCGUGUAUUCUGUGUUGUAAGUGUAAAGUCUGCAAGUGCUGUGAUGAGGACGAUGGAGACGGACUAGCCUCAUGACCGAACUCCUGCCGCCCUCUCCCCAAAAACAACAGAGUGGCCGGAGUAACUCUGGAUAUCCGUCUCUCCAUAACAGUGCAUCUCUCAGAAAAACACCAGAUGUCUCUUUUUAACAACAGAGAUCAUAUUUUUGGACAAGCAGGAUAAAAACAUUGUUAAGUGCUCAGUUUACUACAAUACGUUAUUUCAACGAGGUUUAUGAAGAAUUUUUUUUCAUACUGAAAUCAAGCCACCGUGUUGAGGUUUUACAUCUGUGUUUGAUACUCGAGCAGAUGGUCCAAAAAAUUUUGGAAUUUUGUGUCCUGAUGUUUUGACACAAUGAAUCAUUAUUUGGCAUUACACGAAGUUGUAGGAAAUGUAUGUUCAUGUAUGCUGAUCGUGUCUUGGAAUUGUCUUGACCUCAUCUGGAUUUGAACCUGCAGUUCUUGGUCUUAGUUCAGCAAUGAAACCUACAAGUGCAAACUUAAGCCUAGAACUCUUUUAUUACCUCGACAUCCAUGACGCAUAAUUUACAUCUCCUGCUUACAUAAAGGAAGUGUUCAAAUGCCAAAUUGCUAAACAACAUUUUAUUGGAAGAGAUGUUGCAUGUUAUGUGAACACACUGGCGGUGCAAUGUUUAAAUGAAUAUGUUUGACAGAAAUAAUGGGUACUAAAGUUUUCAGUUUGCUUAAAUAAUUUGCUAAAAUAUUUUCAGUUAGCGGUUAAAACGUUACUGCUUUUGCUGUACACCUGUUUGGUUUUUUGGAUUUUUUUUCUUUAGCAGAAAUCUUCGGACGGAUGGAAGGCUCAUGCUGUAAAAAAUCUUAAGAAAAUAUUUAUGAUAAAAAAUGGGUUGCCAUGUGAACCCUUCGGAUAUUUCUUAAAUACUUCAUUGCUAUUUUGUUUGUUUUCCCUUUUUUUCUUCUCCUGUUAAAUAUUUCU